AUGGCGGAAGAAUUGCCAGCUGAUGGCAAAAUCUUUGCGUGUGCAGAAGCGCCGUAUCUCGUGAACAGCCAAGAAGCAUUGGAUUAUUCCUCAGAGGGUAAAAAGAUAAGCAUGAGAGUGGGACCCGUGGCAGACACUUUGGAGGCAUUACAUGCUGAGGAUGAGCACUUUGAUAUAGUCUUUAUUGAUGCUGAUCAAAGGAACGCUGUUAACUACUACAGCUUUGUCAUGGAUAACCACUUGCUGAGAAUGGAUGCAGUGAUCUGUGUGGAGAAUACACUCAUGAAAGGACAAGUCUACCUGGAGAAUGUAUCUGAUGGAAAUGUACUAGCUGUCAGAAAAUUAAAUACAGUGAUUAAUUCAGAUCCUCGUGUUGAGCAGAUAAUUUUACCUGUGCAGAGUGGACUGAGCAUCAUUCGAAGGAUCCCUGUGCCUCCAGAUGCAGUGAUUGAAUCCAAGAAAGAAGUGGUGAGGGACGAUGUCUUCUGGGGCUAUAAAAGGCGCCGCAUCCUGGACCGGCUGCGUUUGGAUGGCCAGGUGGCCUAUGUCACCGGCGGAGGGCAGGGCAUUGGAAGAGCCUUUGCUCAUGCCUUGGGGGAAGCUGGUGCUAAAGUGGCUGUUGUGGAUCUGGUCCUUGCAAAGGCAGAAGCAGUGGCUUGUGAGCUCAACCUCAAAGGGAUUAAAAGCAUUGCCCUGGCAGCAGAUGUAAGCAAACCCGAGGACGUGCAAAGGAUGGUGGAUACAAUUGUGGCUCGCUGGGGCACUGUUCACAUUGCAUGCAACAACGCAGGAAUCAACAUGAACUCUGCCAGCGAAGAGACCUCCCUAGAAGAAUGGGACAAAACUUUCAACGUUAAUUUACGAGGGUUGUUUUUGUGCUGCCAAGCUGCAGGCCGCAUUAUGCUGAAUCAAGGAUAUGGGAAGAUAAUUAACACAGCAUCUAUGGCAAGUUUAAUAGUCCCACACCCGCAGAAGCAGUUGGCGUACAACGCCUCAAAAGCCGGGGUCGUAAAAUUAACACAGACAUUAGGAACCGAGUGGAUUGACAGAGGAGUAAAAGUCAACUGCAUUUCCCCGGGCAUCGUGGACACACCACUCAUCCACUCCCAGGAGCUGCAGGCACUGGUGGGGUGCUGGCUGAGGGAUAUCCCGGCCGGGAGGCUGGCUCGGGCCACCGACCUGCAGGCUGCUGUUGUCUACUUGGCCUCCGAAGCCUCAGACUACAUGACGGGCCAUAACCUGGUCAUCGAGGGAGGCCAGAGCCUGUGGUGAGGCGCAUCCUCCAGCCUCAUCCCCUCACAGGGGGCACUUUGGAAAGUGCAUUCAAGUUUAGCUUAGUCCCAGUUUUGGCCCACGUGGCUAAGCGUCCAGCUAAUAAUGCAACAACAAGAGCAAUCUUUCAUUUUAAACAUUUUGAUGUUUUUCACCAAGCAUUCAGAUUUCUGCUAAAUUAAUAUUUAAUGAUAUAAAGGCACAUUUGCUACAGCAAGAUUUGGCCAUUGUUUAGUUUACUGGGGGGCGCUUUUAAAGCAGUCAAUAUUAGCUAGUCUGUGUAGCGUAUUGUUCUUAGGCAGUUUUUUGUAUUCAAGUUGUUCCAGUGACAUCUGUGAAUGGUAAAAACCAGU